AUGGAGGUGACCACUGUGUCCCCUCUUUUCACCUCACCGACCAAUGGACCUGGUGAGUGUGAGACAGAUGUCACCAACGUGGCCAUACACAGUGUGACACUGCUCAUCUGCCUCUGUGGGCUGGCCGGGAAUGGGGCUGUCCUCUGCCUCCUACACAUUAAUGGCAUCACCGACUUCAUCUUCAACCAGGCUUUCACAGAUUUCCUCUUCCUGAUCUUCACAGUGCCCUGCACCCUGCUUUUCCUGCUGGAGGAAGCGUCCUGCUCCGCUAUAAUGCCCCAGAUGUAUUUGAGCUUGCUUUUCCAGCUGUCGCUCUUCUCCUACAACAUGGGGCUGUACCGGCUGAUAUUCAUCUGCAUCGAGAGGUGCAGGUCCUUCCUCUGCCUGUUUUUCUGCGGUUGCCAACUUCCUGAGCGCCUGUUGUGGCUGUUAAUAAGUGUCUUGUUCUGGACCUUCUUCUUUGUUGUCAUCGUUGUCAAUCCCACUGUGACUUCCCUGUGCCAGUCACACCAGCAGGAGCACUGCCGGGUGGCUCUCCUCUCCAUAUAUGUCCUCAACCUCUUCCUAUUUGCUGUACCCAUGGUCAUUUCCAGCACAAUCCUCUUCAUUCAUUUCAUACCUGGCUCCCAGCAGCAGCAACACAAGAGGCUCGACAUUGUUUUCUUCCUCGUUGCACUCUCCAGUCUGCCCCUCAGUCUCUGGUAUUUCCUGAGGCAGCUCAGUUACACGGCUCUGUCCUCCCAGGUGGUUUUCCUACUUGCCUGCAUCAACAGCAGCAUCAAACCCUUCAUCUACUUCUUGGUGGGGACCUGGAGGACAGACUACUCCAUGGGAAGCUGCUGGACACACUGCUCCAUGGAGAGCUGCAGGAGGCAUUUCUCCACGAAGUCCCUAAGGAAGGCUCUCUGCAGGGUAAGAAAGAAAGAAAACCCUGCCUGCAGCGAUGAUGCCACCACAGACACAGCGGUCUGAGCCUUUAGGGCCUCUUGAUCCCUUCCACUGCACUGCUGGAGGACCUCAAGACAAUGAUUGAGAGACUCUUGGAGUCACCUAAUGAAUAAAUAUCCAGUGUCACCCUCCCUCUGCUGGUGCAUCCCCACCCCCUUUCCAGGCUGCACUGGGAUCUCAGAAAUGCUCCUUAGCCAUCAGCCUUGAGGAGAAGAGCUGGGCUCAGCUCCUGUGCAGCUCAUCAGAAACACCCUCUGCUCCCAGGAACUGCUGCUCUCCAACAACCUCCUGGGUUUUAUGGACAACCUUGGAAAUCAGUUCACUUCCCUGGAUGGCACAACAUCCCUGUUCCCACACUUUCACAGAAAGCUGCCAGCCCAAAGUGUGGCCAGGAUGAAACAUGGCUGUGACUGAAGCCCAUCUCUUGGGGCCCUGCAAACAGCAUUCCAAAAGGAGACCCUUGGAGCUCUCCUGGCCCCAGCAGCGCUGACCAGAACCUCCCUGGGAGUGGGGCCUCUCCCAGCCGGGAUCUCUCCCGUUUGCUGCCCUCGGGUGAUCCCUGAACACCGACGGGUCCUGGGCCGAUCCCCCAGUGCUCGAGGCUCAGCCCUUGGCACAGUGAGGAGAUGCAAACGGAUCCAGAGUGAGCAUUUCCCUGCCUCCGAGGGGAAUUUCUCACAGGGACCUUGCACUGACUCUGUCUCUGUGCACACACGUGUGCAUCUGCCAUGGCAAAUGUGGGAGCAAUGCUGCUCUCCCAGGGGUUUCAGUACCUGAGAUAUCUCAGUGAGUCAGGCUGUAAGAGAGGGUAAGUCAGGAGAGACAUUUUCAGUUAUAUCCUUUUAAGUGUCAUUUCUUUGCUAAAUAGUUGAUUUUAAGGUGUAAGAGAAUGAAUGGCUGGGAGAAGCAGAGACACUGCUCAUGGUCCUGUGCAGAGUGGGCUGUUGGGGGAAAAGUCAUCCCCGGAGCAGGCCCAGAGGUUGUCAGAGGGGUCAGAAAGGGUCUGGAGGAGGUUGGGAAGGGUCUGAAUGGUGUCCAUCCCAAAUGUCCUCACUGGAAAGCAAAACAGCCCAAUAGGUUGUACUCAGAGCCAGAGAGUGGCCACCAGCUGGGAAAUCUGUG